CAGUAAUAUCUGGAAGCUGUUUUCAGACUCUAUUCGUAAUACUAUUUAUGUUCCUUCCCAUCCCCAGUAAUUGUCCUCGAAAACGUGUCACUUCCUCCAAAUAGGAGUCGUGUUCAAAAUUUAUUCUGCUUCCAUAAAAUGAUAGUUAUUUAUACAGUAUUCAUAUUAUUCUCUUCUAUAACUUAAUCCCAUCUCCCAGAUUAAAUCAAGAGAUGGGAUAUGAGAAGAGAGGAGAGGAGGCUACCAAGACCGACCAGGUGGGGACAUAGGGGGGGACAAUAGAGAAACAAUGUACUACUAGAUCCAUAGGCAAUAGAAAUGCAAGGGUCUUUCUCCAAUCUUUUCAUCUUACAGGGGAGGAAAAUUAGAUCCAAAGAAAGGCAACAACUUUCCCAGAAUCACUUAAGGUAUAAAUAACAGCUGAGCUCACAGAACCAUAGCUUUAGAGCUGGCAGGGACCUCACCCAAACCUCAUUCUGCAGGGACUCUGAAGCCAAGAAAUGUCAAAUGAUUUGUUCAAUAUCAAAGAGUAGUAGAGUUGGGCAUUGAACCUGUCGAGUCUUUUCUUUUCCACGCCAAACUAUAGGCAAUCUGAACCCAGACUCUUCUAAGCUCUAUCAAAAUAACAUCAUGCUGCCUCCAUGUUGGAUAGUUUUGAUAGCAUUCAAGUUAUAUAUUUACCUAAUUCUAUCCAACUACAACAUCUAUCUAUUCAUCCAACUAUCAUCUCUUUCUAUUUAUCUAGCUUUCUUUCUUAACUAUCAUCCUAUCCAUCUAUUUUUUAUCCAACUAUCACCCACCUUUCUAACCAUCUCUCUACCUAUACACCUAUUUAUCUAUCCAUCCAUUCAUCCAUCUAUAUAGCUAGCCUUCUUUCUAUGUCUUUCUUAACUACCUUUCUAUCGAUCCAUUUUUUUUAAUCAAACUAUCUAUCAACCUGUCCAUCUACCUACCUAUUUACUCACCUAUCCAUCUAUCUUUCUUUCUUUCUUUCUCUCUUCUCUCUCUAUCUAUCUAUCUCUAACCUCUCUAUGUAUCUAUGUAUAUUGAAGUCUGUUUCUGUAUCUGCCUGUGUGUCAGUCACUCUGCAUGUCAGUCACUCUCUGUCUACAGGCAGCUAGGUGAUGCAGUAGAAUGCCAGGACUGAAGUUACGAAGAAUCAUCUUCCUGAGUUCAAAUCUGGCCUUAGACAGUUACUAGCUAUGUGACUUUAAGCAAGUUGCUUAACCCUGUUUGUUUCAGCUUUCUCAUCGAUAAAAUGAUUAGAAGGAAAUGACAGAUCACUCCACUAUCUUUGCUAAGAAAACACAAACAGGAUCAUGAAAAGUUGAACACUACUGAAAAAUGACUGAACAAUAAACAUCUGUCUAUACAUCUAUCAUACUUUACAUCUUACAAACGCAUUAACAAUGAAAUGAAUGCAAUGUUCUGAAUUUUUACCUCAUAACAAUUUAUAAGCUUUACAUGGAAAUUCUGAUACUGGAGCACUUGGAAAAGUGAACUGGCUGACUUCCCCAAAUGACCCUGGCUAAAUAUCCCCUGGCAAUCUAUUCCAUGUUGAAAAGCUCAUAAUAACUCUAUCUCCACCUUGGCCUAAAUAGAGCUGAUCUCUCAAACUUUCUCCUUGAGCAAGGUCAUGAUGCAAAAGAAGUCCCUGGAAACUGGGUCACCAUGGGGAUGAGACUCACCAUCCCAGAACAUGGUCCUUUCCACAGUAAUUGCUAAUUCAAUAUAACCAUGCAAGUGAUUGCUUGGAUACUGAAUUAAAGGUAUACAGAUUCUUAAUGCUUAGUCAGUCACUUAACCUAUCAACUAGAGAGACUUCCAGGUUGUCAGGAGCUGUCAACCAGUUAAAAGUUGCCUAAUAAGCCUCUCUCUUUGUGACCAAGUGACAUAAACACACCAUUACUGCAGCCACAGUGGGAAUACUUCAAAGGACACAGUAUGUGCAUAAGAAAUGCUCUUUUUCUUCUUUCCAUCCUUCUUGUCUCCCUCCUUCUCUUCCACGCUUCCUUCUUUUUUUCUUUUUUGCUCCUCUUCUCCCUUUAUACUCCAUCUUUUAGUGACCACAUCAACUCUCCACAGAUGACUCUCAGCCAUAUCUAUACCUGCAUUCUCUGGUCCCAUAUCACCAACUGGAUAUCCAAUACUGGAUAUGUUCAGUUUGAUGUCACACAAGUAUUUCAAAUUCAAUAUAUCCACAAUUAGAAUUCUUUUCUUUCUUCCCCCACCCCAAAUGCAUCUCUCUAACUUCCCUGUUUUUACAGAAUUCUUUGUCAUCUUUAUGCUUCAAAUUUAAAACACUCAUCAUCCUGGAUUCCUCAAUUUCUCCCAACCUGUGGCUGUAUAUAAGCAGUUAUAAAGUGUUGUCUAGUCUACCACCACACCACCCCUCAUGACCAUCUCCUCUUCACUCACAAAGCCACUUCCUUCUCAUUUCCUGCCUUGGCUAUACCAAUAGCUUUCUGACUGAUCUCCUGGGCUCAAGUCUCUUCUUUCUCUACAUGGUGGUUCAAGUGAUAAUCUUAAAAUGUAGAUCCUAAAAUGUCAUUCCCAAAAUCAAGAAGCUCCUGGUGCUUGCUACCAAUAGCUACCUACUGCCUCUAGUAUAGAUAUGGUAGAGCCAUUGUCAGGAAUGAUGUGAACUUGAGUCCAUCCUGUUCCCAUGGACAACCUUAUCACAUAUACACAUGGAGGCCAAAUCCCAUGGAUGGUUUAUCCAAGGCUUGCCCAACUCACUCAAUCAGUAAGAUCCUAGAGAUCAGUGAGCAGGCUCACUAGACACAUUUUUGUCUUCCAAAUACCCUUUAUAGAUAAAGCACCUUCAUUACCCUAUAUUACCAUACUCUUAUUUCCUGGUAUCACAUCAUGCAGUUGCAGAUGUAGACAUAAUGCACAUAUGAGUUUGUUCUCUAUGACCCUCCCUAAUUCUUAAGGUCCCAUCCUUACUUCCCCUCCUCCCUUUCUCUUUGACCAAUAAAUAGCCCCUCUCCAAUAACAGCCUAUUUUGAUUAUCUUGCAUGCCCUUUUAUGACAUAGCCCUUGUGGCUAUGAUAACACAUUUUGUGAGUUUUUCAUAUUUCAAACUGCUCUCCAAGAACCAAGUGCUUUACCCCAGAACAUGGUCCUUUCCACAAUAAUUGCUAAUUCAAUAGAACCGUGCAAGUGACUGCUUGGAUACUGAAUUAAAGUUCAGCUAUUUGCAUACCACCGGUUUCAUCUACGUCAGAUUUAAGACUUUAAAAAACCACACAGAUAGGAAAGGAAAAGAUUAGCACUGUCGCAGACCAACAAUGGGGUGGUUACUGACUGGGGCCAGCAGAUCAUCUCUCUAUGUUCCUUGAAGUUAAGCCAGAAAAACAGACCAGAAACAAUCACUCCAGAGCUUCUCUCCCGAGACCUUCUGGGAACCUUCAAGUCUUUGCCUUUUCACAAACAAAAUGCAUUCCAACAGCUCUUCCAUUUGCAUGAUCUACAAAGACCUGGAGCCAUUCACAUAUUUCUUCUACUUGAUCUUCCUCGUUGGAAUUAUCGGGAGCUGUUUUGCAGUCUGGGCAUUCACUCAGAAAGAUGCGAACCCCAAGUGUGUGAGCAUAUACUUAAUUAACUUGCUCACGGCAGAUUUCUUGCUCACUCUAGCACUGCCAGUGAAAAUUAUUGUCGACUUAGGGGUGGCCCCGUGGAAGUUAAAGAUUUUCCACUGCCAGGUGACCGCCUGCUUAAUCUACAUCAACAUGUACUUAUCGAUCAUAUUUUUAGCCUUUGUCAGCAUGGAUCGCUAUCUCCAGUUGACACACAGCUGCAAAAUUUACAGGAUACAGGAGCCCGGCUUUGCCAAAAUGAUCUCCAUAGUGGUUUGGCUGAUGGUUCUCCUGAUAAUGGUACCCAACAUGGUGAUUCCCAUCAAUACCAUUGAAGAGAAGCCGAUAGUGGGCUGCAUGGAAUUCAAAAAAGAGUUUGGGAAGAACUGGCACGUAUUUACUAAUUUCAUAUGUGUGGCAAUAUUCCUAAACUUCUCAGCAAUCAUUUUAAUAUCCAACUGCCUUGUCAUCCGACAACUGUACCGAAAAAAAGACAGUGAGAACUACGCAAAUGUGAAACGGGCUCUGGUCCAUAUAUUGCUGGUAACUGGAAGCUACAUUAUCUGUUUUGUUCCUUAUCACAUUGUUAGGAUCCCCUACACUCUCAGUCAAAGCAAUGUCAUAACAGACUGCCCAACUAAGAUCUCGCUCUUUAAAGCUAAGGAGGCGACUUUACUGUUAGCAGUAUCAAACCUCUGUUUUGACCCUAUUCUAUAUUAUAAACUCUCUAAAGCAUUCCGGUUAAAAGUGACUGAGACAUUUGCGUCGCAAAGGGAGACGAAUGUGGACCAAGAAAACCCAAGGCGUGCAAGCAAACUAGAAGGGAACCAUGUUCUCACAAAUACCGACUGAAAAAUCAAUUGGGGAAGGAAUAAAAGGCAUUUGACUGUCAAAACCAUUUGACUGGUAUUAACUUUGGCCAUGGGUCAGUAGCAAUAUCAAAUCAAACAAAUGAGAUUCUCUUGGUCUUCAGAUGCUGCCUGUAAUAAAAGAAAACCAGCUUAUGAUUGCUCAUACACCUUAACCAAAAUAUUUAUACAAAAACCCAGCAAGUUGUGUGGAAUAACAGAUGCAAAACAAAGCAAUACCCUUGGCAUCUAAAUGAGGUUUAUAAAACAGACUCAGUGAAUCAGCUGGAAACUGAUGGUAUAUAGAACAGUUUUAUAGGCUCCUGGAAUUACCAUCUUGUUUAAAGUGACCAGAAUAGUCUCAGUAAAACUGCCUAGUGUCAACAGACUCAUAACAGACCCUAAGUAACCGAUCCAAAUAGUUCCAGUAUUAUCUACAAAUCAUCAGUGGUUGAUUUCUUGACCCAUUAUUCCAAUAACAGCAGUUUAAAAACUUCCCUGACUGUGGGGCAAUUUUCAGAAUUUCAUGUAUAUUUCUACAAAAAUCUUAAAGAAAACAAUUUUGAAACAGAUAAUAGUAAUUUGAUUUUUAAUAGUUUUAUUUGAUUGUAUUCUACCUGAACACUGCAAAUAAAGUUUAUCCAAUUUUAGUUACAUAUAA